CGCAGUUUUAUCAGCGCCAGUCAAACUUUGAGGAUCGUGACUGAAGUUCUUCACUUUGGAUUUCCGUUCAUCGUCAUGCAGCUGUUUUCACGAGACACAGCUCACAGAUGGAGAUGUUUGCGCUGUUGACGCUUUUAUUGUGCGUAAAGACUGUUGUCUGUUCUCCAGUGUCCACAGCAGCACAUGCUCAGGGUUUUUUAGAGCGAUAUGGAUACCUGCACGAGGAAAAUAAAACUCACAAUGCUUCUGAAAUAAAGUCAGCAAUAAGAGAGUUUCAGUGGCUGUCUCACCUGCCCGUCACUGGAAGGCUGGAUAGUGGCACUCUGGUGAAGAUGACAUCACCCCGCUGCGGGGUUAAAGAUGCCCGGAGUCAUAGUGCUUGGGGUCAAAGAGUCAACAACAUCUUCACCGGCUACAUGGACAGACACGAGCAGCACCUCCGUAAGAAACGUAACAUCGUAUCAGGUGAUAGGUGGUACAAACGUCACCUGACCUAUCGCAUCAUGAACCGGCCACACUACCUAUCUGCCAGUCAAGUGCGUCUGGCGGUGUUCACGGCAUUCCAGAUCUGGAGUAAUGCGUCCGGGCUGGUCUUCCAGGAGGUUAGUCAGGGUCCUGCCGACAUCCGUCUGGCCUUCUUUGAAGGGGAACAUAACGAUGGGACAGGGAAUGCAUUUGAUGGACCAGGUGGGUCUCUGGCUCAUGCGUUUCUUCCUUCUCGUGGUGAGGCUCACUUCGACAUGGCUGAACGCUGGACCCUCAACCGCUUUAAAGGACGCAACCUGUUCCUAGUAACAGCCCAUGAGAUUGGCCACACCUUGGGCUUGGUUCAUUCGCCCGUGCGUCAUGCGCUUAUGUCGCCAUUUUAUAAGAAGAUGGAUCGCAAUGCAUUGCUCAGUUGGGAUGACAUCACAGCUAUACAACAAUUUUAUGGUAAACCAUCUGGGGGUGGAUUUCAGCAGUUGACAGGACGGGCUCUGAGUCUGGCUGUAGAAGGGUGGGGGAUUUCGAAAGACUAUAAUGAAGGAUCCUAUACACCCAAAUACUGUCAGGAUUUCUUUGAUGCCGUCACCAUGGACAUGAACGGGACAGUGCUGGUGUUUCAGGGCCGUCUAUUCUGGACUUUACAUAAUGGAAGUAUGAUCGGUCCUCAUCCUCUCCAGAAACGCUGGCCGCAACUCCCAUUGGCCAUCGAAGCAGCUGCAUUUUCCCUACAGGACGGCAAACUCUACUUCUUUAAAGGAAAAUGGAUGUGGCGUUACUCGGACGAUCUUCUGGAUCCUGGAUUCCCCAGGAAGAACAAUAAAUCAGGCCUGCCCAAACACCCUGACUGUGCCUUCUUCUACCCGCCGCUGGGCAAGAUGGUUCUCCUGAAAGGAUCCCGUUAUUUCGUCCUGAACCUAGAGACUCUUAAACCAGAGCCAUACUACCCCCGUCCUCUUAGUGACUGGAAAGGGAUUCCACGGGGGUUAAAUGGGGCCCUGACGUGGCCUGAUGGAAAUCUGUACUUCUUUAAAGAACAGCAGUACUGGAGGUUCGAUCCGGGAAAGGUGCGCAUCACUGAGACCGGAAACUGGACUACAAGGCUGCAGUGGAUUGGUUGCCAGAGGAACUCAUCAUUGGAAGAUAAUGACCUACUUUGAUCAGAAGAGGGAGCCAAAAGAUAUCAGCAAAAUUGAUAUUGCGUGCAAUUAACUACAGGAAAGAUUGUCUUUCUUGCAUGUGCUCUACAAACACAGCAACAAAUGGAUAAAGUUACAUAGCUUUAUGUUGAACUCAUAAUGGUAAACGAUGCCAGAUUUGUGUCAUGUUACAUCAGCACACACCUGCUAGGAGUGAAACGUGAAACAAUGUUUAUGGUCACAACAUGAAAAAACACGGAUGUCAUGACACGCUACAGUGAAAAAACAACAUUUAGAGAACAGAAGGUAUAUUAGUCAAAACAAUGUUCUUUACUUACGUCAAUGCCCUUCUUGACUACAUGAAUGUUAAAUUAGUUUGGCAAAAGAUAAAGGCCUGGUGUUGGUUUCCUGAAACCUUUGUAUCACUACGUCGUUCUUAAGAAUAUAGCGCUACCACUCUUGAGGUAGAACUUAAGAAUGACGUAGCGUUCAGAAGGUUUCCUAUCCAUGACAUUACAUAUUAUAUUACAAACUCAGUACAGGAUAUUUAAAGGGACAGUUCACCCAAAAAUGAAAAUUCAGUCAUUAUUUACCCACCCUCAGAUUUAACCUAACCUCUAUAAAUGUCUUUGUUCUGAUGAUCUCAAUAUAAUAUUUGGAUGAAUGUCAGUAAGCAAACCGAUUUCAUCCCCCAUUUACUGCCAUAGUUGGGGAAAAAAACACAAUGGGAGUCAAUGAUCUGUGUUUGCUUUCUGACAUUCUUCAAAAUAUCUUCCCUUUUGUUUAGCAGAAGAAACACAUUUAUACAGGGUUGGAUCAACAUGAGGGUGUGUAAUUAUGACAGAAUUGGGGUUUUUGGGAGAACUAUCCCUUUAAUACAUUAAAAAUACAUUCAUAGAUUUUUACAUACAGUAUAAAAUAUUUAAUUUGUGUUAUUCUUUAUUCCACAAAAAAAGAAAGAACAACAUGCCACCCACCAAAAAAAACUAUAAUUAGGCUACAUAGACUUAUUGCCUUUAAAAAGGUGGUUCUCAAUGGUGGACACGGUCCACAAGGGGGCCCCAGCGGACUUCAAAGGGGCCCUCAACAUGACUAGUAUCUAAAAAAAAAGUUUUUUAAUACAUUUAAAAAGCUAAAACGAUAAUGUAACAAAGGCGUUAAUGUCAACCUUACAAUGGGGGGCCUUGGUGUCAAAAAAGGUGGACAACCCCUGCUUUAAAAUGCUUCUUGAUUGUAUACAUAGUUUAUAUAUUUGACUUGCACCUUAGUCUGCGUGAGAAUGUUGGGAAUUGCAUUUUAGCACACACUUUUACUAUUUCAACAGUAUGGAGUAUUUUUCUAUGAAACCGAAGGACUACUACAUUUAUAAAAAAAUGAGUAUAAUGUAACCAACAAUUCAGUGUGCUCGAGCUGACCAACAAUUUCCUGUGUGAAAAAUAAACAAUCAAUUUCUCACUUAAAAAAAUUUUUGACGGUCUCCUGAAGUCAUACAAUAGGUUGCGCUAAAAAAUCCAACUUCCAAAAUGUUCUUCCAACAAAAAUAAACUUGAACAUGUUAAAGGAGACAAAUGGUUGAAGAUUAUAUUGUUGACUGGACUUAGAUUCUCAAGUUUUUGUCCGAAACCAACACAAAACAGAGUAUUCGGUGUUUGAAAGUUCCCAAGAUGCAUUGCAGCAUGUUCAAUUCACAGUUUCUUAUUUGUUUUUCUUUUAAAGAUUAGUGUUUUAGUUCUUACUGGGUUAAUUUAUGCUUUAAUAUUAUUGUUACUGUUAGUUAUCUCUUAUGUUUAGUAAAAGACAAAUACAUUUGUUUAUUUUUCAAUCAAUCUAUAUUCAGCCAACAAAAUAUUUUGUUUGUUUAGACAACUAAUGAUUUUUUUAAGUUGGGUGGACUUCAGUCUCUGUUUGUUGAGUUAACUCAAAAUAAUAAGGCAACCUAUCACAAGCAUGUUUUUUUGAGUCAUUUAGGUCUGAUGUGCAACUCUCAAGAAGCAUUCUUCAUUUAGUGUGCAUGAGCUGUGUGAGUGAAUGAAUAAUGAAUCAUGCUCUCACAGUUCAGUCUCCUGCACUGUAAAAGAACAUUAAGUUCCACUCAAUGAGGUAUAGUUGUUCUAAAAUGAAUAUAGAACAUGAAUAGUGCCGGAGUUUUUCAAGCUCCAAAAAGCAUAUUUAUAAAUAUAUAUGGAAGAAUGAAAAAUUCAUAUUUCAAGGGGUUAAUAAAUGUAUAUCGAGACAAAAGAUAUAUAUUUGUGAGAAAAUUCUUGAUCUUAUUUAGACAUUUUUACAUCACAUAUAAAUGGUGGGGUAAUUUAUGAGCAAAUCCUUUAAAGUCCCAGUGAAAUUAAAAAUCACAAUGCCUAUUUUUUUCAUGAAAUAUUGCAGCAUUUAUGGUAAAUAGUUUAUCGAUCCACUUUUUUUAAAUUGUGUGCCCUCAAAAUCUUCAGUUAAAAUCUGAAAAUGCACUUCCAUCCUGUAGUGAAUAUCCAUCUAAGAUGAGGUAUGUUAGACGGCUUGGGCGGAGCAUCCGUUAACUCCUCCCCCUCAACCGUCAGUCUGAUGCCAGUUCCAUUUCAAAAUACAACGGCUAUUUUUAUACAUCCAAUUAAAUCGUAGAGAAAGAUGACAGCCACACCCACUAUUUUUUCUCAGAAACGCGUCAAAGCACGGAAGUUAAAACAAUCGUGACUUCAGGUUCACGUGGACUUUAAAGGAAUAUUAAGAAAAAAGGAUCGGCAGAUCUAUGCUUGUGAUACUUGUCUUCAUCUGAACAAUUAAUUUUAACGUUUACUCAAUGUAGGGGUGGGCGAUCUAGAAAAAAAAUUUGAAUCACGAUUUUUUCAAGAUAGAUCACGAUUCACGAUUUUAUCGCGGUUCUUCUUCAAGUUGGUUUUAAGACUAUUUUGCAAAUUAAAGGGGCUUCAAUACAGCCAAACUAAGUCCCCAUAUAAAAAUAUACUCUUUACCAUUUAUAUUUUGAAGAAUAUUUUAAUCAAGUUAAUAUUUAAUGCAAGUGCAAGACCAUAAAUCAGCUGUAAGCAAAAAACUUUACAGUUUGAAUUUUGUUUUUCAUCUUGUUGCGCGACUCGGAGUAAAGCUGUGGAAUGGACGUGGAGGAUAAAUAUUUUUGGCUGGGUAUUUCGUAACGUGGAUCUACGACUUUGAGCAGUUUUUUAAAGCCCUCAUUUUCCACAGUCUUUAUGGGAAUCAUGUCUUUGGCCAGGUAAAAUGCGACCGCGUCAGUGACAUCUUUCCAGCGCUUGUUCAUUCUGUCAUACGGAUACGGAGUUCCUUUCUCAAAUGGU